CUAAGUCUCGGGUUUGCAUACCCGUCUCCAAUUCUCCCAACCCCCCGAGUGUUUAGAUGAGGUAAAGUAAACACGGACAAAGUCCUCUAUUGCUUAAUCAUUCCAUUUCAGUAGAAAUACUAGAAAAACGCUGAAUUAAAACUUGGUUCAGACCAUUGUCAACAGCAUUUCAAACAUGACAAAAUAACCCAAAAGCCAUUCAUCGAUUCCAGGUCAAACGUUGCCUUAAAACUCAUGUGAAACGAUUUUUGGUAUUUAGCCCCCUUCACAUGCAUUUUGUUAUUUUCAUCUAGAACUAACGGCGCGUUAAAAUACACUAGAGGCAAAGUUGGAGUAGACUCGAGACACUUUAUUAUUAAAUUCGACGCGUGACUCAAACGUCGAACAUUUCACUUCGAUUCAGUUCAAAUUAGUCAAUCAGUCACAAAUGAAACGCGAAGUUUGAACAGUGUGUUAGUAUUCAGAGUGAUUCCACUUUUAUUACAUGAUAAACAGGUCCACAAUGAAAAGGACAUUCUGACUGGGUCCCUAAGAGGCCCAAAACGGACCAAUAAAAUAGACCGCUCGCGAAAACGGUUUGGAAUUGCUUUUCAAAACGUCGUACAAAUAUAAAACGUUUUUCUUAUAUAAAAAUUCUUUUCCUUUUUGGAUGACGGACAAUUUCAGUUCAACUCUCAUGAAAGGGACAUACAUGCUUUUGCGCACUUUGCGCACUUCAAAUUGAAAAGCUAUUACAAUGAAAACUUAAUUGUUAUCGUUAUUUUACUAGAAAACAAUUGAGACUUGAUGAUCGCGAACUUUCUGUUAUUCCUAAAUCUUAAUUAACGAUAUUACACCAACUAUUAAUAAAGGAACAAACCUCUGGGGAAUAGAGCAUCUUUUUUUAUUUCACAGCGCAAUAAACAAAAGUUUCAUUGCACCAGCCAUUUUAACAGAUACUUUUCAUCCAGGACCACAGCGAAGGUUUUCAAAUUGUUGUCUGUUCAAAUGGCAGCAUUUCUUAAUAACUCGAAUAACAAGACCGGCUCUGCGCCUGGUAUGUCGGCCGACAUGGCGCGAGCGAGGAACAAGUUCCUUCCCUCCAUCUACGAAGAAAAGAACGACGACAAGAUUCAAGACUUUCGUAAAGCUCUAAUGAUAAACGAGGAUGAUGAUGAAGAGAAUGGCCGACUAGCAAAGGUGCACUCAGCUAUACACGAGGCAGAGAGCGUCGAUGACAACAAACCCAGCACUCCUCGACGAGCAAUAACGGCGGCAGGAUUUAAACCACCCAUCAGACGUUUCUCUGAAUCACGAAUUGAGCAGUGGCGUUCAAAACGUCAAGGCUCCGCUUAUGUCGGAGGCAGCCGCAGCAACUCUUGUAUUCCUUUGAGUCAACGGUCAUUUGGAAUUGGGCAACGAAAAGUAACGUCACCAGGGGUGAACAGAGCGAGACAAGUUGAUGUAGCAGAAGUUAUCGAUUUAACGAAUCCUGAAGAAGUUAAAGAAAUCGCGCGGAGGUUCUUUCAAGACGAGCUUAAAAUGGACUUGUUGGACCCGCGUUUUGAUGAACCGGAAGAUUUUCUUGCUCGUCUGAGGUGGAAAGCCGAAAGGAAAUUUAGCUACGGGGAACUAUGGCAACGAAGGAUGUCAGGAGGAGGACACCAUAACCUGACCAUAAUGAUGAACAAUGCUACAAUUAACCAGCGCACCACUAAUGAUAAACUAGUACAGAAAAACAAACAUAGCCUAGCAAAUCCACACAAUCAAACUGAUUCUCCUUUUUUACAGAUAUCUUAUUCGAAACCAACGGUAUUAAAAACAUUGGACGCAACUCGUUUCGCUGAGAAGAAAAAACUGACCACUUCGUUUAAGCCGCAGGCGGAUUACGGCUCCAGACGAACACGUGGCAGAAUUCUGAACCCAAUUAGACGAGACUUGAAAAAGACAAACACUUAGAGAAACCGUGGACAGACUCAAGAUGAACUAAGGGAUUCUGCAUAAAAUUUAUACAGACCUGUCGAGUAUUACACAGUAUACAAAAUAUGAUACGUGUGCCUAAAAUUGGAGUAUAGUUACAAAUACAAUGGAAAUUCCUCCGUCAAUAAAGCAAAACGAAAAUUGAACGGAUCAGUUGAUUGCUCAUAUUACUGUCAUAGUUUGUUCAAAAUUUCGUUAGUGAAUAACAUGCACGCCGCAGUAGAGAAACCUGAUUUUUGGUAGGGAAAUGUCGAAAGAAUAAACUUGCACGUUUAUGGACCUCACCUUCGGUUCGGUCCACAAACACCUAACUCGCGUUAGCUCAAUAAUAUCUAGAAUAACAUGUUAUUUUAGUGCACUUGAUUCUUUUUGCAAGUAAAUUUAAAUUUAAUACGCUUGUAUUUAAUCACGGUAACAAUUCUACAAUCAUCACAGUUAUAUUAUCUGGUGUUAUCGUUGUUGCUACCACUGUUAGGUUUGUUAAGUUUGUUUUGUGUUG